GUGAACAGGAAAAUCUUGAGGACUCCAUGCCAGAGAGCCUGGAGGCUGGUUGGCCAACCAACAUCGUGUGUGUUCUUAAGUCCUCCUGUCUCAACAUUAGCCAGACUUGAGUUUCACCCCAGCCUGCCUGUGUCUGGCCCCUGCAAAGCCAUGUGGCUGUACCUGGCGGUCCUCGUGGGCCUGUACUACCUCCUGCGCUGGUACCGGGAGAGGCAGGUGGUGAGCCACCUCCAGGACAAGUUCGUCUUCAUCACGGGCUGUGACUCGGGCUUCGGGAACCUGCUGGCCAGGCAGCUGGACCUGCGAGGCUUGAGGGUGCUGGCUGCAUGUCUGACGGAGCAGGGGGCCCAGCAGCUGAAGGGCCAGACGUCAGACAGGCUGGAGACAGUGAUCCUGGACGUCACCAAGACUGAGAGCAUCGCUGCGGCCACCGAGUGGGUGAAGGAGCGUGUCGGGGAUAGAGGACUCUGGGGCCUGGUGAAUAAUGCCGGCAUUUGCACACCCAUGGCACCCAAUGAGUGGCUGACCAAACAGGACUUCGUAAAGAUGCUCGACGUGAACCUGUUGGGGAUGAUUGAGGUGACCCUGAGUCUGCUGCCCCUAGUGAGGAAGGCAAGGGGCCGUGUGGUCAACGUCUCCAGUGUCAUGGGCCGCGUGUCCCUCUUCGGUGGAGGCUACUGCAUGUCCAAGUACGGCGUGGAGGCUUUCUCAGACUCCCUCAGGAGGGAGCUCUCCUACUUCGGAGUGAAGGUGGUGAUGAUUGAGCCUGGUUACUUCAUGACCAAUAUGACCAGCCCUGAGGUGUUUAAUGGAAGCCUCCGGGCAUCAUGGGAACAGGCCAGCCCAGAGAUCAAGGAACUCUAUGGAGAGAAGUUCGUGGCUAACUUCAUGAAGACAUCUAAUUUAUUGAAGCCAUCAUGGUCCGGGAAUCUGUCCUUGGUGACCAACUGCAUGGAGCAUGCCCUGACCUCCGGCCACCCCCGCACCCGAUACUCCCCUGGCUGGGACGCCAAGCUCUUCUACCUCCCCGUGAGCUACAUGCCCACCUUCCUGGUGGAUCUCAUGAUGUACUGGGGUGCCCCACGGCCCGCUAAGGCCCUGUAACCCAAGACUGGGGUGCAUGGGAGCGGGGAGUUGGGGACUGUGUGGGGAGGGGAUGCAUCAGGGAUAGGGAAAUAGAGUGGAGAGAGGGGUUCUCAUGUCACCGGGGACACCCAUCCCACCUCAGUUCCCACCUCCUCCUCAGGCUUCUCUUGGGACAUUACUUAGGAUUCUGGGGAUAUUAGGGAGAAAGGAACAAGUUUUGUGGCUGCGGAACAGGGCUCAAUAGCUCACGUCUGUGUCCUGUUCCUUGAGCGGCCUCUCAGUGCCUCAUGACCCACAUGCGGCUGUAAAAAACCCACACUUUGGGGAGGGUGCGAGCAGCUGGCAGGAUCUCGGCCCCCCACCCUCUGCCCCGGUCCACCUCUUCUGGGUGCACCUCGGCCCUGGUCAGUCUCCCCCUCCCAUGGAAUAAAAGUGGUCUGGGGGAGGUAAAGGUCCCUCCCCCCCAAAGAUACCUGUAGACAGGGGUUUGUGUGUGGAGGGUGACCACCAGCCUGACACAUCAGCCUAGGUGCCAACUCAGCAGACCUUGGCUGGAAAAGGGCUGUCCUCAAUAGGGGUCCUGACAGAGGACACAGAAACCAAUUUUUGUUUUGUCUUGAAACCAUGCAUUUCCAUUGAUUAUAUUUUCCUGAAAAUAAAAGUUGAAAAGUUUACGCAGGCCCAGUGAUUGGGACCGAUGCCUUGGGCAGCAGUGGGUGUGUGCCUACGAGAGGAAGGGUCAGGUGACCUCACAGAGGAG